GCCCUAAAGGUGGUGAUGGGUUAAAGAACCGUGUUGCUGCUGCAGGCGUGUUAUUCACUGUUUCUGGCAAGCGGGACUUGGUCCCGGGAGAGAGGUGGGGCCGCAGCAGCCGAGAGCGAGCAGGGGUGUAGGAGCUGCGCUAGCAGCAAUUGGGAAGCGAAAAAGUGACCGAAGGGGAGGUGGAUCCUCUCUUCAGAAGCCGCCUCUCUCCUGCUGCGCUUAGCCCUCGGCUCCCAGCAGGGAGUGGCCGCCUCGGGACGGGCCCCGUGGGACAGCAGCGGUGGAAGGGGCUGAAGGAGAGCAACUGCUGGGACUGGCUAGACACUCCUGGAGUGGUGAACGGUUCCUGGCUGCCUUACCCAUUGGGUGACCCCGCUAGGAGCUCCACAUUUUUGUCUAAUUCCACCUCUUCAUCAAUGACUUCAUCCUCCAAGGAAAAAUGGGGAAACACUAAGGCCUGAUUGUCCAGUUCUGAUUGGUUCCUUUCUAGACUGAAGAAUUUGGAUCACCCUAUUUUUUAUUGGAAGAACAAGGCCCUGGGGUAGAGGCAAAAAUGUACAAAAUGCCCAUCUGCGUGCUACAGCUAAGCAGGGCAGUGAUGAACCACAAGCUCUGGGCUGUGUUUAUCAUUACCUUCAAGUUCAUGUCCUUUGUCUCCAUAAUGUUUUACUGGAAAAUCACCGAGGAUGCCAAAGGCAAGAAUCUGCUCUAUGGGUUGCCUCUGGAAGUCAAAUGUCCUCGAUCUGUGCCUUCUCCUCCCCCAGCUGUAUCUGGCAGGCCACCUCCACUGCCUGGGGAUAUAUUUUUUGUGGAGACCUCAGAAAAAACCAACCCAAGUUUUCUCUUUAUGUGCUCUGUCGAAUCAGCAGCCAGGGCUCACCCUGAGACCAAAGUCGUCAUCCUUAUGAAGGGCUUGGCAAACAGAAAUUUCACUCUUCCAAAACACUGGGGCUUCUCCCUGCUGAGCUGCUUCCCCAAUGUGGAAAUCCGGCCACUGGACUUGAAUGACCUUUUUUCUGGUACCCCUCUAGCUGACUGGUAUUUGGUGGCCCAGCACAGAUGGGAGCCUUAUUUCUUACCCAUACUUUCUGAUGCCUGUAGAAUUGCUAUCAUGUGGAAAUUUGGGGGUAUCUACUUAGACACAGACUUCAUAGUCCUUAAGAACUUAAAGAACCUCACCAAUGCUCUUGGAACCCAAUCCAAAUAUGUAUUGAAUGGGGCUUUUCUCUCUUUUGAAGCCAAACACAAGUUCAUAGAGCUUUGCAUGCAGGACUAUGUGGAUAAUUACAAUGGCUGGAUCUGGGGGCACCAGGGCCCACAGCUUUUAACCCGUGUUUUCAAAAAAUGGUGCUCUAUCAGGAGUCUCCGGAGCAGUAAAAGCUGUAAAGGAGUCAGUACUCUUCCCAGAGAAGCCUUUUAUCCUAUCCGCUGGCAGGACUGGAAGAAGUACUUUGAAGUGGUCAGUUCCUCAGAGCUUCACAGACUGUUCAAGAACACCUACGCGGUGCAUAUUUGGAAUAAAAAGAGUCAAGGGACAAGAUUUGAGGUUACUUCAAAAGCUUUGCUGGCUCAGCUGCAUUCCCAUUACUGCCCUUCAACAUAUGGGAUAAUGAAGAAGUAUUUUUGAAAGGAAUUGAUUGACGCACCUGUCACCUAACUGAACAAAGGAAGUAGCCAAAACUUUUCAGCCUUCCAAGCAAAAAUGUACAUUUGAAAGUGCUUACAUCUCUGUGAAUCAUCAAUCACCAGGCAGUGUGAUGUAGUGAAAUUCAAAGAUAAAUGUACGGCAGGCUGAAUGUAGGUUGAACACAGGAGUUAACUAAAGACUGAGCAGUGCUUACCUCAUUUUCCUUCCUUUCCUUACACUCGGGUCCCUUUACACUACUCUGGCUGUGUAAAGGGACCGUAAGAUGGAAGUAAAUAUUACAACACUCUGGCAGCAUAAAGAGGUUUUAAAGUGAGAGUAAACAGUCUUUAUUCUGCCAACAGGGCAUAAAGAGGCCUUGGUAUAAAUGAAAAGCUGGACCCAGGUCAUUGGUUGAUUCUUGUGAACUCCCAGGUUUUCUCUUCAAAGAAAUAAAGUGAGGGAAGCAGAGGGAAGAUGAAUUGAGGAAGGCGUUAAAAGGAGGAUCAGAAAAGGCAGCCAGGGAAGGGAAUAAGGAAGACGAGAGAAGAAAGAAAGGGCAGAUUUUAUUUUUAUACUUUUUUUUUCUUACUGCAGAAACCAGUGGCUGAAUGGAACUUCCACAUGUUCCAGCUUUUAUUUUACAAAGCUUUAACGAGACAAUGCUGUGUGUACAAGGAGCCAUGUGCUAUAUAGUCCUUGCUCAGUUCUUAAUGGGGCAAAUUCCCAUGGUCUCCAGCAUGAGGUUUGACUGUGUAAAGAUUUCAGAGUUUGUCCAAAGGUGUGUGUUGUUUUUGUUUUUUAAUUAAAAAUUCUAACCAGCCAUUGGACAAACUUUUUAUUUUAAACGAGGGUCAGAAUUAAUAUGCUAUGAAGAUGCAAGUGAUGGGUGUGUCCAAAUUAUAUCUUGUCUGUCUUCUGAUGAUCUGUGGAUUUAUGUGCGUACACUCACUGCAGCUCUCCUCACCCAUCUCUAUCACAGUAGUAUCUGAGCAACUAUUAAUCAUUUUAUUCUCACAACACCAUGGAGAGGCACGGAAGUACCACUCUCCUAUUUUACAGAUGGAGAACUGAGAGACAGAGAGAUUAAAGAUGGGAGUUAGUUGCCUAAAUACCUCUGAGGAUCUGGGCCUAAGCUCCUUGCCCAAGAUCACAUAGGAAAUGCAUGGCAGAACUGGGAGUUGAACCUAGGUUUUUCUGAACCUCAUUUUAGCACUGGAACGGAAAGAUCCUGCUUCUUACACUUUCAAAUCUUCUGUGGCAUUCUGCUGCUAUUUCUGGCACAGAAAGUAGCCUGGAAGUGCCGGGGUCGUCUUUGAGUCCUGAAUAAAUGCUACUGAAAGCAUCAGUGGCUCUCAGACUCUUUCUAACUGAUGUGGUGGGGAGACAGUUUAUGUUAUGGAAAAAGUUGUGUCUUUGCAGACUCCCAGCACUGGCCUAAGCCGAAGGAGAGACCAUGAAAGCUUUGGGACUUUUGACAGGAAAUUCCAGUUUCCAUAAACUCAGUGUAAAAUAAAUGAUGAAUUCUAUAUUUCCUUCCUUACACAACAGAUUGUAGCUGUGUGCUGUUACUAAUGGGAUCGUACAAGCAUCAUAACAUUAGUGAACUACAGUACUUGCUCUGUGUGAAGGCAGAGAUGAGCUGCCAACAGACCUGUCAGGGGAAGUGUAGCAGUGAUGAAGGGCAAUGAAGGAGAUGGCUUUUUGCAACAUUGAAGGGUCUUGUUGCUGAAAGGGUCAGGUAGAAUAAAGUGGUGAUAUACUUUGGAAAGGAGGGGGAAGCAUUGGGUGGGAGAGAAAUUUUACUGCUCCAUCUCCCAGCUUUUGAGCCUUAAUUUGAAGCUUCUGCUGCUGCCAACACAGGGCACCUCUCCUGUCUUUAAUUCACCACCCUCCCACCUGUCUGUCUCUGAUCUUGAGACCUGACACUGCAAGAGACUGAACAUCCUCUGUGAAGUGAAGGGGAACUGAAAAAACUUAGAAUCUCACAGGAGGCACUCAGCACCUUGCAGGAAUGGGCUCUUACUGGUUAAGUUGGAUUCAACUGUAGCCUCCACAAUGGGAAAAAAUGUGCUGCCUUCCUCUGUCUUGACCACCACUUCUUCCUGCUCUUUGAUUCCGCUGGGAGUCUGUAGCAUGAUUUGAAGCACAACUGAACUGACUAAGAAAUAUUAGUAGCUAUAAGGGAGCAGGCUGCCAGUUAACGCGUCAGUCUCAGUGCACAUGCACUCUAAAACAAGAUUUAUAGUAAGAGGGGUCACCCAGGGCCACAGACAUGCUGAGAUGGGGUUGUCAUGGGCGAGUAGAGCAUCAUCCGUCUCCUACCCUGUACUCUGUAAUGGAAACCAUAGUACUAUAAAAUAUUUUAAACACCUUGUCUGAGCCUUGAACAGUUAGUUUUCUUAUGAAUAAAGAUGGGCUUGGGCUAUUAACUUCAGAUCUAAAAAUAAGCUUUUCUGAUGUUCAGGGACAGUGGCUGAUCCAGCGCUCCAUUUCAUGAACAUGACUAAUGCUGAAUCCUAAUGGGAUGGUAUCAUCUGAUGCUUCUGGAAAACUGCUCUAAGUCGUGAUCCGACCAACACUGCUGACUGCUCUGGCUCUGACCUUCAAGUCUGCAGCUGCUUCAGGGCUUUUUCGGCUUCCCAGCUCAACCACAAGCAAGCACAGAUUUGCUCAGCUGAGCCAAAGAUAUGUAUAAAACAAAAGACAGCCUGAAGCAUAGCAAGCCAAAAUCUUUCUUUCUUUUUCUUUUUCUUUUUCUUUCUCUGUUUACUUGCAACCACCCCAAUGACACACACAGCAGAACAAAAUGGCCCUAACCUACUAUGGAACUCAUCCCCCUCACUUCACAAGGCUAUGAGUAAUCAGGUGUGGUUUAUUUUUCUCUCUAAACCUUAGGUCACAUUCUUAGCUUUACUCUCCUUUUCCUGUGUCCUAAAGUCAUUUUGAUCUUGUUGGUUUCCCUCAGUCCCCACCCUGAGCACUUUAGAAUACACACUUUUCCAAAAGAAAAAAAAGUGUGUACUUACCAAAACCCAACAAUGUCUAAGAGCAUAGGAACUGUGUUCUUACACAGCCCAUGGGGCUGCUGUAUGACGGUAUCCUGUCUCCAGCCACUGGAGCCAAUGUUGGCUAUUUCAGAGGAAGGCAAACUGUCUACCCAUUGUAACUUUGUAACACUAUAUGCUGGGGAUCUUCCUGAGCCCUACCUCAUGAACAUUUUAUAUCUGAGACAUUAGCAGUGAUAGCCCUUGUAUUUUUUUUUUCCAGCUUGUGUCAGUGCAGCUCCUAUUCCUGUCUAUAUAAAUGGAUAGAAAUGCAUGAAAUUGCCAGGCUGGAACAGAUCCCUGGUCUGGGUAGUAUGGUAUCCUAUUUCUGGUAUUUCUCUUUUACUUGGCCUCAGUCCAGCUGAGCAAUGAAAUGUUAGCUGAGCCAGGGACAGCUUAAUGGUCAAGGCAUAGACUUCUUUUGGUCAGGCUGCAUCACAAAGUGUGCACUUCAUUUGGUCGCACUCUUUGCCUCUGAAUUUAAUGUAAAAUAUAGCACUGCUUAUGUGAAAAAGUGCCUUUUCAUAGAAUGGCCUAUUUCUCUGAAGCUUGCAACCUGCAUAAAGAGCUUUGCAUUAAUCUCAUGUUCUCUCCACUGCUGUAAAUAGAAUAGAGGUCAGUUGCUAAAUUGGGAGGGAGUCCCUCUGUCCUAGUAGAACAUGGGAAGUUGGGUCAGUUGUGUCCUGGCAGAUUAGCUUGCAGUAUGUUAGGAAAAUUCUAAAUUUAGGAUUUGAGUGGAACAUUGUUGAUUCAUGGCAGCUUAAUAUCAGGCUAAAGGAAGAGGCCAAUCUAGUCUGCAGUGAAAUGCAUAAUAAAGUCCUUUGCACAUUAA